GGAAGGAAGAGCAACAGCAGGGCUUUGUUGUGGAAAAGACUGAAGAUAUCAUCUGGGAUUUUCUCCAUCAUGUUGUAAUACUAAUGGACAUUUCUGCUUUACAACAUACCAAUUGAUUCCUUUAAAUCGGAACCACUCCCAGCAGCCCGUUCUCUGCUAGAGUGAAUGAGACAUUGAGAUGUCACUCAAUAAAGAACUUUAAAUUGCACCUUUGCAAGGACAUUACAAUUAUUGCAAUAAAAGUUUGUGUCAAAAGCUAGACUCCCUGCAUGGGUGAAUACUGCUUCAAUCAAAAGUAAGCUACUCAAAAUUACACCAUUUUAUCUUCAAUUUGACACCUCUGUCUCCCGUCUCUGGCUGGUCCUCCACACUCCACUCCCUGUCAGCAUGAGUGACUCACAGGAAGCGACAUCCCCGGUGGCAGGCAUCGGAGGACCUGCUGCCUGCGUGUCCAAGGUGGAGCUGCGUGUGUCCUGUAAGUCCCUGUUGGACCGUGACACGCUCAACAAGUCUGACCCGUGCGUCAUGCUUAUGGUUCAGAAUCAAGGCCAAUGGACAGAAUUGGACCGUACUGAAGUGAUCAAGAGUAACCUGAAUCCAGUCUUCGCUAAAGUCUUAAUGCUGGACUAUUACUUCGAGGAAGUACAGAAACUGCGCUUUGAAGUCUACGACAUCCAUGGAACUCACAGUAUUGGAACUCGCGAUGACGACUUCCUGGGUGGUGUGGAAUGCACACUUGGACAGAUAGUGGCCCAAAAAAAGAUGGUGAAACCUCUUCUUCUGAAAUAUGGAAAAUAUGCUGGAAAAUCAACAAUUACAAUUCAUGCAGAAGAGAUUUCUGGAAACAAUGGCUAUGUGGAGCUUUCCUUCUGUGCCAAAAAGUUGGAUGAUAAGGAUCUCUUCAGCAAGUCAGAUCCAUUCUUGGAGAUUUACCGGAUUAAUGAUGAUGGAACAGAACAGCUUGUACACAGAACUGAAGUAAUCAAAAACAACCUGAACCCUGUGUGGGAGCCUUUUAAAGUGUCUCUCAUUUCUCUGUGCAGCUGUGACGACGAAAGAAAGUUAAAGUGCUUAGUCUGGGAUUAUGACUCCAGGGGAAAGCAUGACUUCAUUGGCGAAUUCUACACCAAUUUCAAAGAAAUGCAAAAGAUUUCCUUGGAAAACAAGUUCACAUGGGAAUGCAUCAAUCCAAAAUACAAAGUAAAGAAGAGGAACUACAAGAACUCUGGGCUGGUUAUUCUUAGCGAUCUCAAGCUUCACAGAGUCUAUUCCUUCCUGGACUACAUCAUGGGAGGCUGCCAAAUACACUUCACAGUUGCUAUUGAUUUCACAGCGUCCAAUGGGGACCCUCGCAAUAGCUGUUCCCUACACUACAUCAACCCAUAUCAGCCGAAUGAGUAUCUGAAAGCUUUGAUAGCCGUAGGGGAGAUCUGCCAGGAUUAUGACAGUGACAAACGAUUUUCUGCUUUGGGCUUUGGGGCAAGAAUUCCACCUAACUAUGAGGUGUCUCAUGACUUUGCCAUCAAUUUCAACCCAGAGGAUGAUGAAUGUGAAGAGAUCCAGGGGGUUGUGGAAGCUUACCAAAACUGCCUCCCCAAGAUCCAGCUAUAUGGUCCCACCAAUGUGGCUCCCAUCAUCAACAGAAUAGCUAAACUGGCGGCAGGAAAAGAACCAAUUAAAGAUGCUUCUCUAUAUCAUAUCCUGCUGAUCCUCACAGACGGGGUGGUUACAGACAUGGCCGAUACGCGGGAGGCCAUUGUCCGGGCGUCCUACCAGCCUAUGUCCAUCAUCAUAGUGGGAGUAGGGAACGCUGACUUCACCGACAUGCAGAUUCUUGAUGGAGAUGAUGGAGUUCUGCGCUCACCCAAAGGAGAACCCGUCUUAAGGGACAUUGUCCAGUUUGUGCCCUUCAGAGACUUUAAAACGGCUUCACCAGCUGCACUGGCAAAGUGCGUACUUGCAGAGGUGCCUAAACAGGUAGUGGAGUACUUCAGCCACAAGGCGAUACCGCCCAUUAAUCCUGUGCUGAAUUCUACAACCAGCUCCAUUGCCAACACACCAGAAUAAGCCCUGUACAACCUCCACAGUACUGAAAAUGGUGAGAGCUGGGAUUGGGCUGUUCAGCCAUUACCACACAGUACACUGAUUACUAUGUCUUCAUAAAUAAGGUGUUUUUACAGACUGAGAAUUUGGAUCUUGGUGUCAGAUCUUGCCCUUGACACAAUGACUGCUCCCCCAGCAUGCAAACUGGAGCCCUUUUCCCUCUGCCUGCAUAAGGCUCCUCGGAAGGGCAAACAAAUCACUGAAUUCCCAUCAGGGCCACAGGCUUCUGAUCCCCACUGGCUCUUUUCAAAUGCACAAGGCCACCUCUGCAUUCUGCUGGUUUUCUAUGCCUUUUAGAGCUCUUUGAGGGCUCUGCCUGCCUGUGUGCUCUUUUCAUUUCUGGACUCCUGGAGGACUGGAGCAGAAAUGUUCAGAAGUAUACAAUGUAAAAAUAUUCCUAUAGAUUAUAACAUGUAAAUUGACUCUGAAAGAUUGAGGUAGCUUUUUGUUUUACCGGACAAAUAUGCAUAUUUUAGUGCAGACAUCAUCAUCACCUCGAUAAAAGUAAAGAUGAAAGUAAAGAUAAGGUGUGUGAAGAUUAAAUUGAGCAAUUUUAGUUUAAAGACCCCAUGGAAUCAAAAUGAGAAUUUUGUGGCUUUUUGUCCAUGUGUGUUUGCUUUGAGAUCAUCUAUAUGCUACAGUGGUUGACAAAAUGCACUUUUUUCUUCCAGGAAAACAGACCAAAAACAUUGAUGACAUGCUGAACUACGCAUAUUUUUGUUCAAUAAUAUCAGGGACAAGAAAGGAACGAAAACCGAAAAAUGAAAUUUGAAAUGAAAGUCCCUUUCAAUUGUUCCAGAGUGAAAAUUUUAUUUUUAAAUGCUGGUAACCAGUUAAUAACACUAUUACUUGUGUUCCAGUAAUAUUUUCAUGAAACUGAAGAGUUUAUCACAGUAAAAUUUCAGAAAUAUCAGAAAAAGCAAUCCGAAAAAGCAUGUGCUUUGAUUUCUUGAUUCAAGUCUUUA